CAGCGAUGCGGAGGAGGAGUCAAAAGAAGAGAAGUCACCUUGCUGAAGACAGUAGCGUACCAACUAAUACAGGAAAACCGUGAAAUUUAGGUGUUGGAAGAGGCUGCGAAAUUAUGAAUUCUUCGAAAAGGAGUGAAAGUGACUGGCAAGGCCUGGUGAGCGAGUUCCUGGUGUGUAAGCGUAAACUAGACAGCAAGAAGGAGGCCCUCCUGAUCCUGUCCAAAGAGCUGGACACCUGUCAACAGGAGAGAGACCAGUAUAAGCUGAUGGCCAACCAGCUGCGAGAACACCACCAAGGACUCAAGAAAAAGUACAGGGAGCUCAUUGAUGGAGAUCCUUCUUUACCACCUGAAAAACGCAACCAGGUGAACUUGGCUCAGCUGCUGAGAAACGCAAGGGAGCGAGGGAAACAGCUAGUCGAGGAGGUGAAGGAGCUGAAUCAGAGACUGGCAGAGGCCCAGGGGGAUAACAAGCUGCUGAGGAUGACAAUCACUAGACAGAGGCUGGGGGAUGAGGAGGUGGGGGCACGCCACUUUCCCGCCCAUGAGAGAGAAGACCUGGUCCACCAACUGGAGAAGGCAGGGCUACAGAUGGAGGAGCUGGAGAACAGUGUUAAGGCACUAACUGAUGAGCUGGAGGACGUUAAGGCAGAGCGUGGUGUGUUCAGCGAGAAGGCUGAGCGUCUCAACCUGGAGCUCAACCAUAUCCUGGGUGGCCACGAGACCCGGAUCAUCGACGUGGAUGCCCUCUGUAUGGAGAACAGGUAUUUACAUGAGCGGUUCAACCAAGUCCAAGAGGAGGUGAACUUGCUGAAGUCUAACAUCAUGAAAUACAAGACUGCGUUGGAGAGGAGGAAGAGCUUUAAAUUGUCUGGGAAGUCCAACAGCAGUGCUCUAACAGGAGUCCUCUCUGCCAGACAAGUGCAGGAGUUGUUGUCUGAGGAGCAGGGCUGCAGUCUCCCGGCCACGCCCCAGUCCAUCUCUGACCUAAAGUCCCUAGCCACGGCCCUGCUGGAGACCAUCCAUGAGAAGAACCUGGUCAUUCAGCACCAGAGACACACCAACCGGAUUCUGGGGAAUAGAGUUGCUGAGCUGGAGAGGAAGUUGAAGACAUUAGAGGUGUCCGGCUUGUGGAGUCUUCCAGGGGGACGAGACAACAUUAUGCUGAGCGAGAGCCAGCGACCCGAGCUCCUAUCGCCCAGCAUCACGCCGUGCCCACCUCAGCCCCACACGCACGCAGCAACGCAGCCACCUAAAGACGACAGAAUGGGAGCAUCGUCGUGGGAACGGGCCACAGCUGGCGGUGACUUUGGCGCAGAUGGCGUCGGCGGGGAGGGCGCACCCGAGCCCAGUGACGGGGCGGAGGCUAACUGCAUCUGCCUGAGUGACAGGCGGGGAGUGGAGAUUGUGACUCUGUCGGAGAAGCAGGCUGCCGCGGAGCUGGAAGAGGGGCAGAGUCCCGUGGAGGAGGAGGGGCAUGAGGUGAAAGUGGACGAGGAGCUGGGCUCCACAGUGGAGGAGGGAGAGGAGGCGGCCCUGGCGCUUGAUGCCCCACCCUUAGAGGCGGAGUCAGACUUGAGUAACCUCCCACAGCUGCCUGUAAGGCAAGCUACCAUAGAUGACACCCUUGAGGCGGGUCAUUUGACCUGCCAUGAUCAAACAGUGGAGCCUACAGGACUCCCUAACACAGAAGAUGCCUCUAAGCCAGCUUCCAUAUUCAAGACCCCAGACUGGGGUGGCACAGAUGGGUGGGACCUGCACUGUCAAUCAGGACAGAGUGACAGUUGCCAUAGCGACAAUCAUUGAAAAGUGAAGUUUGUCUUGGCUGCAUUACUACUCACUAGCAACAUUUCCACAAUAUAGACCAACCCCCCCCCCCCCCCCCCCCUUUUGUGCUCCCAGCCAUUCUUUGCGUCAGUCUAUAGAAUGGAUAGAGAGAACACUUUCUCAGCCUCCCAUUGACAGUCAGUGCCUGAAGUGUACUUUGCAUCUAGAUAGUGUUGUUGCUCUGAAAAGAGCAGACAAUCUUGAAAUCAAUCCACUUGCAAGUCUAAUGUCCUACAGGAGUAAUUUAGCAAAGAAAAUAGCAAAGAUGGCAAAGUCCCCCCGCAAACUGCCUCCAUGGUAGGAUAAUCCCAGCUGUUUGCUUCCUGUUUAUUCCUAAGGGUUGCUAGUUAAAUGAGAGCUGUUUUAUUUUUUUCCGUUGCCCACAUACAGGAGCCAUUGUGAGUUAGUGUGAUGAAUGUAUUAGAUUUGCAUGGAAAUCUGUGAAGAACAUUGUUCGAGAGUUUGUAAUGUAUUUGUAUUAUUGUAGCUUUAUGUAUAUAGAUUAUAGUUACAGUCACUAAUCAAUUAUGGAGCCGUUUUCUUAUUCUGUUUCUAAUGGAAAAGUAGAUGUUGGCUUGUGACUGCAUGUGCCUUAUAUACACUGGAAUAUUUCAUUUUACAUUUUCAAAUCCUUUUGAAUGAGCUUGACUGACUUUUUGAAUGUCAUAUCUUGCAGUGUCACAUGUCUAACUUGUUGCAUAGGAGCACAGACGUAUAAUCAAUAUGGGCCUCAGUGCUGCCUGAGGAAUGUCAAUGUCCUUGCUUUCACAACCAACUGAUUGUCAUGGUUGUCUACUCUUAUAAAGCUUUGUUUACCAGCUGCAUAACCACACACACACAGUCUUACUACACUUUUGUAAAUAAACACAUUGACUAAUUUUUGGCACACAAAGUUUCAUGUACUUGCCCCAAAAUUCUGACAGACACACACACACUUACAGCCAAAGUCCAGGCCCUGCUAAGGUAUUCAGUUUUUCCCACAUUCAGGUGGCAGCUGGCCUCUCCAAGCAAACGGCAUCAAAGCCAGAAUCCAUGAAGUGCUUAUUCUGCAGAAGGCUGCUUGCUAUUUUUACUCUUUGACACAAAAUAGGAGGAAGGAAAAAAAUAUAGAAUCCCGGGAAGCCGUGGUGUGUUCGCAGUACGCACACACUCACACACACACACACACUCACUCACACACACUCACACACACUCACACAGACAGAGUAGGCCCGCUGCCAGCCAGCUUAUUUGGCAUAUUGGCGAGGCGUUUCGAGGAAUCUGAUGACUUUAUAAAGCAGAUGGGAUUUGCUGCUAAUGAAAUUGUGAAACGACGUGGUGCCUUGGGCUUUAGCGAAAUGCCUAACCUGCGUGCCAAUUUACCACGAUAAGGGGGUUCCUCAUCCUCCGGUAUCUUGCCUAAUUUGACUUUAAUGUCUGUGUGAAAUUUAACUACUCAAAGGGGUUAACAGUAGAACUACAAAUGUGUUAUUUUCUGAGCAGUGGCGUGGAGCUGGUAGUUGUCGUUUUGUAGAAGUGAGACUGUAACCUAGGUUACAAUGCGUGACCUGCCCUGUACUAGUCAACCAAAACUGACUGCCGCUCAGAGAGCCCUGGGCAUUGAAGAAGUGAGCAAUUUCAGCUGCUCUCGCUGGGUUGCUCAAGUUGUGACAUGGAUUGAAGUUGACAAUUCCCUUUUUUGCCCCCCCCCCCCUCCCUGCACCGAUCCCUGAUGGUCUGUCACAGCCUGCCGCUUGCACUGUGGGAAGUCAGAAUCCUCCCGCGUCUCACUACCAGUAUACUUUAUAUUCUCUUAGAGGGAUUUCGAUUCUCAUUUGCAAAGGAAAGUAGCAAUGCUCAUUGUUUAACUCUUCAGGUCUGUAUAACAAAUUGCAUUAAGACUCAGACUCAUUAGAUAUGGCUUGACUUUAUUAUCCAAUUCCUUUGUAUCAGAUGUGACAUUCCAAUAUCUUAAGCAGAGGUGGCCAACCUUUCCUGGAGAGCUAUUGGGUGUGGAGGCUUUUGCUCCAGCCCUGCUCUAACACAUCAGCGAAUCAAUGUCCUGCAGUUGAACCAAAUGUGUUAGAGCAUGACUGGUGCAAAAGUCUGCACACCCAAUAGCUCUCCAGAAGGAGGCUUGACUAUCCAUGAUUUAGAAGACUAUAAAACACAUCUAGCCUCAAAAAUAUAAUUAUGAAAGACAAUCUUAUUUCACGGAUUGAUUGACAUCUAGGGUUACUUUUGCUCGUCUCUCUAUGACAGGAUUACCUGGGACUGACUCUCUCUCUUGUUCUCGUUCUCUCUCUCUCUCACACUCACACACCAUCUUCCCUGUCCCUGCUGAAGAAAAGCAGGCCCAAACCAUGAUGCU